UACGUUUUCCAAGGACCACGCAUGCGCGAUGCGCGAUGCGUGAUGCGUCACUGCGUGACCACGCAGCACUUGAACCUGUGUGUUGAAACGGGGAUGAUUUCCAAGGCCGCGCAAGCGGGGUUUUACCGCUCGCCACGGCUGCGUGUCGCGGAUGGGCAUCGCGCAGUAGUUGCCUGGCCCCCGACUUCAGCGUGAUCACGCAUGCGAUUUAUCAUGGAGUCAAAGAGUUUUACUGCAGAACAGGACGAGAAAUUGAUUGAUUUAGUAAGGGAGCAUCGUGUGUUAUAUGAUUUGCAUCACUGCAAGUACAAAGACAGUAUUAUUCGAGAAAAUGUGUGGAAGGAAAUUGCAGCUUCUUUAAACAAAGGUGCAGAAGACUGCAAAACGAGAUGGAGAACCAAUCGUGACUCCUACAGAAAAAGCAACAAGAAACUGAAAACUGGGUCGAAGACAGGUUCACCGGCAUUUUCAAAAUCGAAAUACAACACAGAAAGCCUGAAAUUCCUUGAUGAAACCUUCAAAGAAAGAGCAUCAAAAUCAAGCAUCAACAUAAAUGAAAUAAUUGAAAAUAAUCAAGAAACACAAGAAAUAGUGGAUGACUGUCCCUCUGAAGAGUGCAACCAAUUUCAAGAAGAAGAAAGCGCUCAAGAAUCUACAAAUUGGCCUAGCGAGCAAACAAGUUCUUUAGAAUUGUUAAACAGCUCCAUUAAAAAAAGAAAAAUUACAGUAAAAGAAAAAAUGUUAGAUGAAAUAAGAAAAGGUCGUGAAGAAAGAGGGAAAAUAUUAAAAGAUCUACUUGAAAACCGCGGCCAAGAUCGUUCGCAACAUCCGAUAGACAUAUUCUUCUAGAGCAUGUCUGAAACUGUUAAGCAAUUCCCCCCCCACCUCAUUGCGGAAACUAGAUUAAAAGUGUGCCAAGUUGUGUCUCAGAUGGAACUGAGAUCGUUGAUGGAGCAUCAGAACCAGACUAAUCCUAAUCACCAACAAUGUUAUCAACAUGUGGAUAUUGGCAGCGGUUUUCCUGUCUCUGUCAUAGAUCCCACCCAAAUUUGUGAAUCUACUGGCAGUAAUAGCUUGAUUCAUUCAACAGAUAGCUGUAAUUCUAGUGGUAACGAUGCUAAUGUGGAAGAAAGUGGCUUCGUGAGACUAAUUUAGAAAAUAACCAGUAUUAGUUCAGUGAGUAGAUGAAUGCAUAGUCAAAGACAUUUUAGGA